AUGAUCUCUCAAACGUGUUAUCAAACGUCGAAAUCCCAGAACCAUCUCCGGACGUUAGUUCAUCAUUCAUCGAAAUCUAUUGAUAACAAAGAAUGUCAUCAAUUAUGGAUUGAUAUAUCAACAAUUUUAAUAUCAUUCGAUGAUAUUGAAACUGAAUUAGAUAAAUUAAAAGAAGAUAGUAUAUUUGAUUUACCCAAACAAAUAAUAAAUGAAGAGAAUACAAAAGAAGCAUUACGCUUAAAGUCAUUGGGUAUCGAAGCUUAUGAUAAGGAAAAUUAUUCCGAAGCAAUCAAGUUCUUUAUUAAAGCAACAGAUUUAUCAGGUGUUUCAGAUCAUGAUCGUGCGAUUUUCUUUUUGAAUAUGGCUGCAAGUCGAUUAGCAUCUUAUAAACAACAAUUAUACUCAGGUGAUGGUGAUAUGCCAAAGGAAUUAGAUCGUGCUCUGAAAGAUGCUAAACAAGCAAGAAACCUUUGGUUUACAUGGUGGAAAGCACAUUAUCGUGUUGGACAAGUCUAUGUUGUUUUGAAUGAUUAUGAAAAGGCGAUUAAUUCGUUUGAACGAGCAUUUGCACUUGAUCCGACAAAACAAGACAUACAAACAGCAUUGGAUGAAAGUCGUAUAAGAGUUCAGCGAAAUUGGCAACAUCAAUAUCUCGAUCCGCGAGCGAAUUUGGCUGAUGUAACGAAAGGACAUCAGUUUGCACUUGGAGACAUUGAUGUUAUUCAAGAUUACGAGCAAGCCGCGAAAUAUUUUGCCAAAGCAGCAAAUGCAGACAAUGCUGAAGGAAUGUAUAACUUAGCUCGAUUAUUCGAUAAAGGUUUAGGUGUGAAAAAAGAUCACAAUUUAGCUCGUGAAUGGCUUGAAAAAGCAGCGUCACAGCCCGCAGAACAUCCCAAACUAAAAGGAAUGCCGAAUAUUGGCGUCGCUGAUGCUGAACACNUUAUUCAAGAUUACGAGCAAGCCGCGAAAUAUUUUGCCAAAGCAGCAAAUGCAGACAAUGCUGAAGGAAUGUAUAACUUAGCUCGAUUAUUCGAUAAAGGUUUAGGUGUGAAAAAAGAUCACAAUUUAGCUCGUGAAUGGCUUGAAAAAGCAGCGUCACAGCCCGCAGAACAUCCCAAACUAAAAGGAAUGCCGAAUAUUGGCGUCGCUGAUGCUGAACACGCUUUAGGCGUAAGAUAUUUCGAAGGUAUUAGUGUUCGUAAGGAUCUUUCAAUGGCGGUUUAUUGGUAUCAACGUGCAACUGAUCAUGGUAGUGCAAUGGCUGCUAAUAAUUUAGGUUGCAUGUAUUUGGAUGGUCUUGCGGUUGAUAAGAAUCUUGAAAAGGCUGAAGAAUUACAUGAAUUAGCAGCACAAAGAGGUGAUCCAAGUGCUAUGAUGACUUUAGCCGAACUUCGAUUACGUAAAAAUGAUUUUCAAAUGGCGGAACUAUGGUACGAUCGUGCAUGCGAAUCAGGCAAUGUUGUUGCUCAACGAAAUCGUGAUGAAUUCAUGACAAAAUUGGAAAACCGUCAGAGUUAUCCAUCAGAUCUUCAAGAAGCGCUAAGUAAAGCUAUGAACUAUGAUGUAUUAUAUCAAAGUAAAUAUUCUCCAUCAGUUGUAUGUGAACGUUUCUAUUUAAAAGAGUAUGGACUGUUUUGUGAACAUGCGCGUCGUGGUUCAAUAACAGCUAAGAAACUUCGUACUGCUAUAGAGCAUUUUAUAUUAGCGUUAAAUUUACUUACAUCUUUUAAAACAUUGACAGAAGAACAAGAAAACACAUUUGUUCAUGAACUGUCUGAAUGUUAUCGUAUUGACACGAUUGUAGCUCAAAUUCCGGCUAUUUUCUUUGAAAGAGUUAGUAGUAUCAUUGAACGGGUACUAACUCGAUGUACACAACAAUCGACUUGCAUUGUUUCACAAGUUGAUGAAGAUGUUCGAGUAUGUUACGCAACACUUAAUUUAAAUUCAUAUGGAUUAAUUCAACAAUUUCUUGAAAUAUGCAAACAAAAAUAUCCCAAAUCAGUUCAUUUCUACUACAUGAGUGGCACAGUGCACGGGUUUCAACGUAACUCUGAUGCUGGUUUGUAUAAUAUAAAUCAUGGACUUGAAAUAGAGCCUGAUAAUUAUGAACUUUUAUAUCAUAAAGCUGUUCUAUUGCGCCAUAUUGGCAAAGACAUGGCUGAAGCGAUCAAGGCCUAUCAACAAUUUAUUGCAACCGCUCCAAAAGAUCAUCGAAAAAUUCCUGAAGCAUACUAUGAAAUGGCACUGUGUUCGAAAGAUUUCAUGCCUGUUGCUGGAAUCUCCUGGAUCUAUGAACAGUAUAGAGCAGGCAAAGAAGCAGAAAAAUUGCAAUUACCAUGGUUUUUGCCUUAUAAAUCAGAAAAUAUUGCGUUUUUACAGCCAAUUAUAGAUAUGAUCGAAUCGAACAACAAUGUAAAGCCAACUCCUACAAAUGCUCGCAAACAACAUCUUACUGACCCUCAUAGAGUAGAACUUAUAAAAAAUCAUCGUGUAUGGGAGAACACAACGCUAGAAGAAAAACGGAAUUUAGGUUAUAGGAGCAUAUCGACUACUGUCAAACCUCGAGUUAAACAGCAAACAGACAAAUUAUUAAUUGGUUUGAAACCAAUUACACUAAGAGAAAUGAAUUCAAGAAAAGAUCAUGUUUAUACUGGAUAUGUACUUUCAGUAACAAUCAUCGAAGAGACAUUAUCAUGGGAUCCGUCAAUUCACUUAGUCAUUGAAGACAAGAAUUUCGAUUGUCAACGAAUGCUUAUUUAUGGAAUUUUGGAAGAAGAAGGCGAGGAAUUAAUCAGUAAAUUGUAUACUAUUGGGAACAAAAUACACAUUAUCAAUCCGUAUUUACGGAUAGGAGCAGUUGAUAUGAAACCAUCAAUUCGUAUUGAUGAUAUUUCUUCGAUUGUAAUGCAAAGUAAAUCAGAAUGGAUAUUAAAUAUGUGUCGAUAUUGCUGCGAAGCANGAUUUAUUUAUACAUUUACUCGUGAUAAAAUACCUAUGUUAACAUGUUAUGACAAUGAUAAAUGUAAUCUCUAUCCUUCAAACUUCAAUUACUCUGGUUUAACUUGUCGUGAGACAACAACUUUUUUUACAAAAGAAAACGCGGUUAGUUUCGUUACAUCUCUUUCUCAUGUACGACGUGAUUUUACUCAAUUUAUUUCGUAUAUGCAUCUCGUUUUUUCUGCAUGUGCACUUCCAUCACCGGUAAUCGGAUGGAAUUCAUCAAAACUCUUCUCAUGUCCAGAUUCACAUCGAUCGAUAUCUUUUCACCGUGUCAAAGACCAUAUCUAUGAUUGUCCGAAUUCAUUGGCUGAUGAAAUAUACAAAGGAGAUCUUUGCCGACAGAAUUUAUCAAGUUAUUUUCAAUGUUUAACUUCAAGUGAUUGUGUUCGAAAAUCUGAUAUGUAUUUGUUUCAUUCAUCAGCACUACCAGAAAUGAAAGGACAUUGUAAAGACGGAUCAGAUCGAAUGUAUCCAUUUAUAUGUCGACAUCGAACCAAUAUUGGAUGUCAAUAUCUACGUAGUUUGAAUAUUUCCAAUAAAUAUUUUCUCUUUCAGGAAAUCUGUAAUGGUCGAGUUCAUCCCGAACUUAUUGAAGAUGAAGAUAAUUGCGAUGAAUGGAAACGUAAUUGUAAUCCGUUCUAUCAAAAAUGUAAUCAAAUUCUUAAUUCAUCAACUUAUGAGUCAUGUAUACCAAUGUUAUGGGCAAAAAAUAGCAAAACCAAAUGUUAUGUGGGUGUCAAUGAAAAUAAUUAUUGUCAACGAAAUUAUCCAAACGAUAAUCAUAAAGUCUUUCGUUGUUUUAAUGAUUCGAAAUGUAUUGAAUUACAAGAUUUAUGUGAUGGGAUCUUUCAUUGUCCGUUUCAUGACGAUGAAACCAUUUGUUUAGAUACAAAAAACAAUACAAAAUGCCCGUAUGGAACUUAUCCUUGUGAUAUAAAACAAAGCUACUGUGGACCAAAACAGAAUCAAUGUGAUAGUCGAGUAACGUGCGAUGUUGACCUCCAAUCCAAUAUAGAAUCUUGCAGUUUAAUCGGUACACUACCACAUUACAGAAUGUUUUCUAUUGAUAAUCAUCGUCAAUAUCCACCAGUGAAAUCUCCGCGACCAAUAAAAGAUGUUGAAAGAAAAACUCGUAGUUGUCGCGAUGUGAAUCCGUCUACAUUGGAUAAAUAUCGUUGUCAUCGAGGAAUUGUUGUUAAUUCGUCCAUUGAUGGUGAACAAUGUUUAUGUUCACCCGCAUAUUAUGGUCGAACAUGUGAAUAUCAAUCCGAACGAAUUUCUAUUGCGUUAAAUAUUCGAUUAAAUACUCGACAAACAUCAUCAGAAAUUGUUUACAAAUNGCAAAUGCGUCGAAAACUUGUGCUCAGUGUGGGAAAGCUCGUUAUUGUUCAAAAGAAUGUCAAACCAUGGAUUGGAAAUUAUAUAAACAUAAACUUAUUUGUGCAAAUAAAUAAAUACGAACAUCAGGGUUAG